AGGACCCUUAAUCUGGAUUAUCAUGCAGCGCGGCCAUGCUUUUCAUAAUCAGUUGGGUGAGCUGUGAUUCUCGGCAGCGCAUGACACAUCUGGAUGAAGGCAGUCGGUUAAAGGGAGGUGAGUUUGACUGCGUGAGAGAGAGAGAGAGGGAGAGAGAGAGAGGGGGAGAGAGAGAGAGAGAGAGAGCACUGAUACUCCUCAUUCCGUGGUCUUUACGCACACAGAUGGAACUAGCAGCAGACAGCGCAGCCACAUUUUCAUGCACAGAGUAAUUUUUCGGGUAAGCAUGCGGUCUUCAUCUACAUGUUUGUUCCUAUUCUUUUUGCAUGACAUCACCAACCCUGUAGAUAUUUUCAAAUCCAUUCAAAAACUGUAGGAAAAUGAAUGUAUGAGUUGCAAUGUGCGCAUAAAAUGCAUGCGUGAUACAGCGCACACUAUUUCCUUUUUGCAACACGUUCUCGUUUACUUUCUACUUUAUAUCUGCAUGUCAUAGUCUUGUCUUCUGUAUUCUGAAACCCAAAUUCUCCUGAAUAGUCAUUGCACAAGUUAGGAACCACGUGCUGUCAUGUAUGAAUUUAUCUUUAUGAGAUGAUGGAUGUUUCAGGACACGCUGACAUGCAUUAGGGAAGAGAUCUGUCAGAUAUCAAUUAACGUGCAACGAGCACUGUAAGGAACUGUGUCACAUAUUAAUGUGCUCCAACAAAGAUUUUAGCCUAUGAAAGAUAGAAUAAUACAGCCAAAAAUGUCUACAACUUUUGAGAACCCUCCAAAAUAAGAUGUCCUAUCUUUGUGCUUUGCUAAACCUGGAAUAAAGAAGUUUAUUCCAGUUAAACUGGGACCAGUUAACAUUUGACAGCUUUGGUUAAAAGAUGACUAAUAGGGGUCAUCUGGAUUUCAGAGUAGCUCAAGUUUUUUUUUUUUUUUUUUUUUUUUUUUUGUGUGAUUAGGUUUUCCUUAUCAUCUGUGAAGGUAUUUUGUACAGGGUUUCACUGGAAAAAGUUGCAACUAAAAUUAUGUCACAUUUUACCAGAAGUGAUGCACCCUGCAUCAAUAAAUCAUUUAUGCCAGCAGAUUACAAAUUUACUUGUAGUGAAAGAAGCAGUUUCACUGUGCAGCAACACUGUAAACUGAGCAAUAAUCAUGCAUUCAAAGUUUCCCUUGAGUUAAAAAAAAACAAUGACAUUAGAAUAUCCCAAUCGUUCCUGUGAAAAGAUUUUAAUUACUCAUGAAAUCUUUUAUUAACAAUCAUGCCUGACUUUAAAAAGCCAACAAUGCAUCCAGAGUGACAAUUUGUUCUUCAUGUUAUUUCAUACAUGUGUCACUCUUCGUAUGGGAUAGGUUUCAUAUAGAACAUUUGGCCACACGCGACAUAAAACAGUCUUUUGAAUACUUUCGCAGCAAAAAUCCAUUCUUAGUUUCACAUAAAAUACGCUCAAGCUAACAUGAGGAGUUUUUUUAACUACUAUGAAAUAGACUGAAAUUCAUAUUGAUGCAUUUUUAAGACAAAAAGAUAAAUGACCAUCAGUGAUAUGAUUGAUGAUUUUCAUUACAGAGUUAUUGGUGCCCGAUAUUGGUGUAAUAGGGCAGGUUUCAGCUGGGGAGCUGAAGAAGAGCUCCGUUUUUACAAUUUCUACAUAAAAUAUUCACAGUGAAUGAUAUUUUUGAGUGUCAAAAGUUAGCAGGAGAGGUUUUUUUUUAAGAGGAUGCUACCUUAGCUUGAAGGGGACAAUAUAUGUUAAGGCUGCCUUAUUUCAGAGGGCAAGCCAAGUUUGAUACAAAUUGAAAGUUCCUCACAGGCGCUUUAAUAAAAAAUAGGUGCUGUUUUUUUUUCAGAAAACUCUACUUCAACUUGUACAGGACAAAAUCUGAAAAGACGCACACUACUUAAUCUACAGGGGGCACCAAAUCAACACAAUAAAAUGUUCCUCUCUGGAGCUUAAGAGUUGCAAAAUGAAAAAUGAUUUAUUUAAAGCUCCUGUUGGUAGUUUUUCACUGCUUUUGAAACUGACUCAAAUAAACAGUGAUGUCUGUUUAUGACCUAGAAGCCUCAAAAAAUGGCAAUUCAAAAAAGCUGACAACCGAUUUGCUGUUAAUUUCAAUUCUUGUAACUGCUUGAACAGGUAGAUGUCAAGCAUCACAAUUUUCUGAGCAGUGAGAAAAAAGUAACUUUUUCCACAACAAAACAUUCACACUGUAUUGUACAUUUCAGAGUUAAAAGACCUAGAUUACUUUGUUGGAAAAAAGACUUAAAGAUUCACAGGACAAAAUCAGCAGAGAAUAACAACACAUGGCUUUAUCUACUGAAAGAACCAAAAAAGAAACAAACGAAAAUUUCCUUACAGGGGCUUUAAGAGUCAGCUUUUCUUUUUGAAUGGGUUUAUUAUGAAAAAGUUCUAAUUAAGGGAAGUAUUAAGAAGGGGAAAAAGAAAACGUUGAGGUUUCAGUGAACAGACUCAAUUACAUCCUCCAUUUACCUUCAAAAUUAAGCCUAGAGACCAAACACUGUGCAGCGACAGUGACUAUGAAAAAGGAUGAUAUUUUAUUUGGGGUGUAAACGCUCCAAAAGGUUUCUCUUUCUGUCAAACUCUUUCUAUAUAUAAUCUAUGGUUGUUUUGAGUCCUGUCUUCUGUAUUUGUAUCCAUACACAUUUAUCCAUAUGGAAUAUAACCUUAAGAACACUGGCAGCAAAGGACCCUGGAGUAUGGUAUGGUUUCCAAUAACUUAUUAAACACUGGGUCACAGAGAUGAGCUAGCUUGGAAACAUAACCCUCCAAAUGUUGGUUUAGCCGCUAAUCCAGCAGUGUGAUUUGUCAGAUUUCAUAGUAAAACCCUGCAUUAAUGUUAAUCUGAGACUGUUACUGUCCAGGCCUGAUUGGAGUUUGGCACACAAGCACACACUAACGCCUGUACACCCACUGAGUGAGAGGCAUGUCAGGCCCGUAGUGUCACUGAUUAAGAAUGUAAUGGAUUGAUCACAUACACCACAGCGCACUCAGAGCAGAUGUGUGAUGUGUUUCGUGCCACAGUUGUCACACAACCACUCUAGUAUAUGUCGCACACAGCCUUAUGGAACAGCCAACAGCUGUCUUACAAGUACCUUCAACGAAACAUGCUGUUGCUUUAGGUGUUUUGAUGGUCACAGCUGGGGUCCUUAAACCCUGAAGAUAUUCUUUAAACAAUCAUAUUAACAAUGCUGCACUUACACACUCUUUAUUCUGUCUUCACCUUUUCUUAUAUCACAUUUACUCCUUUUUUUAUGAUCUCCAGGUUCGUCACAGCUGAAUAUUUCCAAGAAUACAGUAAAAUCCAAAACCCAUAUGACAGCAUUUGAAAAGUCAGUAGAGCUCACACAAACCUUUUAACAACAUAUUAGGGAAAUCUAAUCCUAUUGACGUAGUUGAUCCCCUGCCUUUGCCUCUAGCGUGAGCAUUAGGUUGGUGGUUUUGGGGAAAAUGUCUCAGCAAGUGGAAGAAGCACUAUAUGAGAGUUUGAACAUUUUCAUGACUCACCUAAUAUUGUAAACCCUUUAAUUUCCAGAAGAGCUGCAUCAUUUCUUCAAAGUUUUAUCAACUACUGUGGCUAAUUUUGAAAUACCAAAGACAGAUGUUACAUUCAAACCAGUUUUCAUUUAAAGCUCCAGUGAAGAAUAUUUGGUUUAUUUUGGUUUUGAGAAAUGACACAAAUUACACAACCAGUUGCAAAUAAUUUAUGCAAGAAAAAUUUCACUAGAAAAAGGGGGAAUUCUUUAAAUAUUCAAGAACUGAGAAAAUAAGAACUAGAACUAAGAAUUAUUGAAAAAUUUCUUGAUAUCUGGAGCAGCAGUUACUAAACCAGGCACACAUUAAUACAACAAUGGCCUGUCCUGUUUUUGAUCUAGUUACCAUGGACAAAACAUAGUUAGUUUAACAGCAGUCAAGCAUGUCUAAUCUGUGUGUCAGGUCCUGAUCUCUCUUCCCAUCUUGUGAAAAUCUAUGCUGAAGGUCUAAUGUCGCCUAGCUUCAUGUGUGCAUGUGAGGUUUAUCUCCCACCAUCCAUUUUGGGUGUGAGCAGAUUAGUCAGAAUCCACCAGCUGCUGUGGAAUUGGUUGAAAUUGUGCCACACAUGGCUGUAAGGCAGUUACGUAAAUCUGACCGGUGGGGUUAUGGAGGUAGGGUUUAACUUGCAUAUAGAGCAGGGCACUUGACCUAGAGGGAAAACAAAAACGAAAAACGAAAGGAUCCCUGCUGGGCUUUUGUGCCGUUUCCCCGCCUCUGCCCAGUGAUCCAAAACUGCUCUUUUCUCUCUGACAGCUUGUGAUACUCACUGCAUCUCUGUUCCUGCUGGUGUGUGUUUUUUUAAUCUUCAGUUUGACAGCUCAGUAGGUGGUGACUGUCUAAUGUGUUUUGUAGAAACACGCCAUGCUGCUGACACACAAAAGCCACAUGGGGGGAAUUACACAGAGAGUAUCUUUGAACUUCCUUCACCAUUCAGCUCAGGGUUACAUAAGUAACUCUUUAAACAGCUCCAGAAAACCUCAAACUCUGGGUUUUUAAGGCCGACAGUAAGCUCUCCAGGGGAUGAGUUUGCGAGACACUGUAGAUAUUCCCUCAGGGAUGACAUGCAGAAUACUCCCGCAGUUGGAGAGUUUGCUAAUAUCUUUUUCUGUGAAACCAUUAAGUAUUUGUUCAGAGAGUUUUGGGAAGCUGAAGAUGUGAAAGGCUGAAUCUGCCUCCAAUCUCUACUUUAUCAUCAGAUUCUUCACAUGCACAGAAAGUUCCUGAACUUUAAAAGGAUUCAAAUGAGCACCAUCACCCGAUAGAUCCAAGCCUGAGCUGGCCUAGUUUGUGCAACAUUUGGGGUAGACAGCCUGUCUUGUCUAUUUUUGCAUGCCUCUAAAACUCAUUCAGUAUGUGGAACGACAGCUAUGGGAGAGGUGCUCACUUGGAUCCGAUUCACUAGUCUCAGGAUUAAUUUAGAUCUCCACAACUCGUCGCAGCUAAACCACGUAACACUCACACUCUAAUGCGUAGCUUGCACUGCUAGGCAGUUCCUGAGAAAAUGAGGCACGAGCAUUGAAAAGAUGUCCUUCCUCCCCCACUCCGUGGCUCAUUCCCUGACUGCUUUUCUUUCUUCUGCCCCUGAGGCUUAAUAAUGUGGCUGACCAUGUUCUUUAUUUAUUCCUGUUCACUGACACUUAGGCGCCUUGGCUGUGCGAUGUGAAGUCAAGAAAUGGCAGAGAGUGGAAGAAAUGGGGGAAAGGGAAGCCAGGACCAAGGAAGCGGAGGUGGAGGAACUCUCCAGGAGCCCCACACCCCAACUUCUGGCCAAUCCCCGGUCAGUACCUCCUCCCUCGGGAACAAGAGACACCUCCCACGAGGGAUUGUGAUCCAGCUGACUGGCACAGAAGGAGAAUGGGACAGCCUUGAUGAAAGUGAACUCAUCUUCUCUCUUGAUCGUGAUGAGGACUACCCUUCGAUUUCUCUCUCCAAGGAGAGGACACUGUCUGAUGAGGAUGACAGACAGUUGCAGUCCCAAGCUUUCCAUGUCCCUCUUUCUCCCUCAUCCCCAGGCUCCUUGGGCAACUGUUCCACUAUUGGCCCAAGCUUCCUGUCCCCAGGCCCGUCUUCACCCAACCACCGACCCCUCGCAAGUCUGGUUAAGUCUCUCUCCACAGAACUGGAACUAAAAGAAGGCUCGACCCUCAGGCCCAAGCCUCUUCUAAGCCUUGUCAAGUCAAUCUCCACUGAGAUCUCCCGCUCAGAACCUGAGGUUUCUCAGUCCAAAUCUGACUCCCGACUCAACCUACACCUGUGGAAACAGCUUACCCAACACAAAACUCGCAGCAAUGGUGACUCACGUACUGCACCACCUUCACCUUGCUCUCUAUCCCCAAGUGGAGAGGGCUCAAAAGGUGGGUUCUUCAAAAUGGAGCUGGAGGACACCAAGAGGAAGCUCUCAGAGGCAGUGCACGAGCCUCUUAGCAGCAUGUUCAGCAAAAUGAGGAGAGAAGAGAGCACAGGAAGUCCCAAACACCAGGCAAAGAGUCAGGGCGCUCAUCAAGGAAGCUCCAGAGGUUUGGGGCGAGAAAGUAGCACGGACACUGUACUUUCUGAUUCUCCUGUGAGGAACCCUCGAAAAACUGAUGCUGAUGUUUUACCUGUGUUUGACUGGCCUUCUGUUAGAUCUCCUGGGAAAGGGUCCCGUGGCCCAUGCCCAUUACAUCCCAACAGAAAAAGUCAUCGAGACAUGGAGCUGGAAAUCUGUACAGAUGGUGAUGUGAUGCAGGUUUUUGAGACACAUAAGAAGACAAAGAGACCAUCGACACCUCUGAUCAGGACUUCAAACCUUUCUCAACCUCCUCAUCCUUUGCCGCGCAUGAGUUUGUUCUGCGUGGCGGUGCUGUCCUAUGGUUAUUUCAUUCUUCCACUUAGUCCAUACCUCUCUGGACUCGCUCUGGGAUUGGCAUUGGGCUUUUUGUUAGGAUUGAUGCUCAUCAGGAUGGGUUCCUCCAAGUCCUGCUGCAGAUCAGAACCACCAUACAGACCAGCACAGACUUUGUAUGGAGAAGGGAAUCUGACAGGAGGAAAUGUCAUCGCUGAACCAGACACCCUUAAGGUAAAGAGAUUCAUCAUUUAGAAAGAAAUCUUCACCUUCGUUCUCACCUUCUCUACCAUCUCAGUCUCACUCCAUGUUUCUCGUAUCUGCUAUAAAUAGCAACUGAGAAAGAAGCUCUUACAGGUAUCAUAGAGAACCUACAGAUUUACCCAACCUUCAAAACCCUUGGAUGAAUUAAACAGAUUGGAGAAACUAUGUUUUUUACAGCUUCUGGUCAACACUUAAAUGAAAAAUGAAUAGUGGUAGUUAACAAAUAGUUGAAGAACUUGCAUACCUAGAUAAUUUAAGAUCCUAUCUUCUCACAUGAUUACACCGCAUUAGGAGCCGAACAUUCUUGAGCAUUCUGUGCAUCCUUGAAAGUAUGCCUGAUUUUGACCAGGUGAACAAAGCCAAGUUGUUUACAAUUUUUCCAUUCAACAUACAACCAAUUACCUUCUUGUAUACAAGUUAGUUGUUUGUUAUGUGACGCAUAAGGUUACCUGUAUGCUGCAUGCUGAGACAAAGAUAGUAGUCCAGUUAAUUUGUAUAAUCGAGAGAUCCCUUGGCUUAAUUGUGUGUGUAAACAUGUGCGAUUAGAGUGGGAGUGUGAAAUUGUUCCUGUCAGGCAACAAGGUGGGGGGAUUGUGGAGAUCAUAGAAGGAAGACAUAACACUGAAAUCAUGCUGUAAUAGUGUUUUGCAUAUUGUAUGAAGCAAUGCUUUGAUGACAGUUUUUGUAUUUACAUCAAGAGGUGCAAACAGAGAUGUGCAGACAUAUUGGUUGUUCUUGUCUUAAGACUCAUUUUCUUCUUCAGCCUCAAAUUAUGUCAAUCAUCUCCUCUAGAUCAUGAUAUCAUCACCUCACCCACUCAAUUUAUUUUCCCUCUUUAUUCCCUGUUGCAAUAUGACGCUGGCUACUGCUAGAGCAGACAGGAAAAAGUCUGGGUGAAACCUUUGGCUGUUUCAGAAAAUUUUAGUUUUUGCAUUUUUGAAUACAAGAAGUAUAUUGCAACUCGAUUAGCAUGGAAAUACAGUGGUCCACAGCCCUUCUUUUCAAUGUUUGUUUAAUAUACUUUUUAAACAAACAGCACAAACGUUCAUAUGUGAGCUACUUUUUGACAAUCCUGCUAAAUUUUCCAGUCCCAGUGCUAAGCUUGCUGACCACUGUGUAGUUGUUAGCUUACUCUCAGAACCCAUUAUUUAAAGCUCCUGUGGUGUCAAAUUUGGUGCACCUGUGAUCAAAGCAGACUUUGUUUAUCCUGUCCUCCACAUGCUUAACUUGUGUCUUACAAAAAUCUUAUCUUGCUGACUUUUGAGAAGAAAAUAUAUACCAUUUAUUAUGAAUAUGGUCUGCAUAUAAACAGGGCUGACACCUACCCCCUGCACUGUGUUCAGACAUUUAAAAUUACAGCAUGAAAAUCAUCAGUCUUGUUGCUAAUGGUCUUCUUUGUUUUACCAUACCAUAAAGUAUCAUCAAAAUAAAUUUUAUUCUAUUUUAUGAACAUAAAAAAACCCUCACAGGAGCUUGAUAAAAUAGAUUUUUGGGGUAGUGGCUAACUUUUUUGGGCUCUUCGUGUACUGAACAAAUAUUUUGAACAGAAAUAAAGGAGAAUGAGGUUUAGACUCCUUUUCCUGUAAACUGGCCAUUAAACCUGACCAGCAUCUAGAGACAUAUGAGUUAGAGUAGGGAUUUCUUCCUAAUGAACAGAUUAUGAAAUGCUAAAAGUGACGGUGAUAGGAGACGGAUGGUAAUGCAGCAUAAUGAGUCACAUAAUGCUCAUGAAAUAGUGUGGAUGAAAAUGCUUUUACUGCCAAAGAACAUUUUUACUUAACUUUCCUUUAUAAUGAAGGAGCCACAGGUGCCAUUUUUGCCAUGGCAACUCUGAUAUUAAUACAUCUUUCCAACCAUUUUUUCCUACUCAGAGGAGAUCUGACCCCGCAAAAAUGACGUACAUGGGGAGAAUCCUUUUAGAAAUUGCAUUUUGAGUGAAAAAAAGAAAGGAUCAAAACAAACUGACAUUUAAUCUUUUCUAGCUGUGCCAUAAUAGCAUUACAGCAGACUGCUCUGGCCUGUAAUCGUUCACAGAAAAACACUGCAAAAUUUCAUCUGAAAGCCUAUUGAGUGAAAAUGAUGACAUCUAAAUGCUCGAAAGGCAUCUUAGUGGGUCUUGUAAUUGGCUUUUAGUCGUGCUAAUUUGCUUUGAAAAAUACCAGUGUCAAGUCAGUCACUGCAGCACCUUUUUUGACUUCUUCCUUCGUAGAUUAAAGCCUCUGAAAGGUGUGUGCAACCUCAUAAGGUGCCCAGAAUACAAUUAAAACCUUCAAUAAUAAAAAGUGCCCAAGCAGCAGAGGUAAUUACUGUUCUGCUCCUGGCUGAGUUUGACUCAGAGCAACUGGAGAGGACCGUUACCAACCAGACACCAUCAGAUCCUGAGGCAAUUAGUGAGAAUGGAGGCAGGAGGAAGCUGUAAUUUGUCAGGGCAGGACUUAUGGAGGAAAGGAGGAGUUGAUGGCUGGGCUUACUCUCACUUUAUGGAGAAAACUCUCUUGUUUAAAUAUAAGUUUUCAACAGAAAAUGCAUGGCAGAUUUGUUUUGUACAGAUAUAUUUUUGUCUGAAAACGCUAAUUGCAAACUCACCGGUCAAGCUCAGCAUAGAGAUAGAGGUACUGCUUUGUCAUAAGAGAUCUUUCCCUGAGUCUCCAUGUCUUGUAAAUGCUAAAAGAUUACAAGAUUACCAGCAACCAACAGACAUCACAUAAUAUCUUUCACAUGUAUUAGUUCUAGUGAAAAACAAAUACAGGCAAUGCUAUCAUUUUUCAUUAAAGAUCACCUUUAUUGGGAAUUUGAAAAUCCGUGACCCUGCAUGAAAUCCUGACCUUUACAUCUAUAAUAUCCGCCUCCGAUUGGAGGCGAUGACAACAGUUAUGAAGUCAGGAAGCAUUUGUUGCCUGUAAAGUCAAAUCCAGGGCAGAAUAUCCCUCUAAACAAGAUCUAUUUUUGUUAUGUUUCAUGCAUAUUCUCCGGUAAUAAUAUCAUUCAGGAUGAGUACUCCCCUAAAUCCUCUGUUCACCCUCUUUACUGCAUUUAUUACACAACUAGACUAUUCCUUUGAAAAGCAUCUAUUUUUAAAUUGGCUGAAGUGAAUCCUCUCUGUUAAAGAGUAUGGAUCAGUUGAUCUGAACUCGUCCAGUACUACACGUGCCAAACAGAGUUUUCAAGGUUAAAGUAGCAGCAGAUGGUCUGUUAAUUACUCACUAGUAACUGUUCAUUGAAUUAACACCUUUUUUCUGCCUCUUCAGGGAUGGAUGAAUGAGAUACAGGAAUACGACCCAGAAACCUUCCACCCAGCUCUGACUCACUCCGUGUUUGCCACCCUGGAGGGCUCUUGUCUCCGUCUGGACUCCCCGCGUACCAACAUAAGCCGCAGGGCCAUGUACGAUGAGAGAGUCCAAGAGACCACCUUCAUCAAGUCACGCUCCUUUCAGCUUGCAAAGAGCAAAGUAUGAUAUCAACAUCAGCUUGAGUGUGUGUGUGUGUGUGUGUGUGUGUGUGUGUGUGUGUGUGUGUGUGUGUGUGUGUGUGUGUGUGUGUGUGUGUGUGUGUGUGUGUGUGUGUUGCGCUGAUAAAUGCUUUGAUACUGUACACCAUGAUAACAGAACAGCAGUGUUUAGUCUGCACUUGUGUGUUCAAAGAUAACAUCAGAGAUACUUUAUAUGAAGGUACACUGCUUCUUUACAGGUUAACACAACAGCACUGGUAAGAAUGAUGCACUCUAUAUAUCCUCAUUUAGUUUGUUAGCAUUGUACGGUCUGCCAGUCAGUAUCAAUUACAAAGUAUAUUGCAGGAUUUGUAGAAAAAGGAUUUGUAUAACAUCCAUUUUUGACCUCAGGAUGGAGCUAGACAUGCAGUUCCCAGCUUUUUUCCCUUCUCUUAAUAUUUUGAAUAUCCAAACUCAUGACCCAUCUAAAAAAUGACUACGUUUAUACUGUGUGAGUGUGCUAAUAUAGGCAGUAAUAUAGAUGAGAGCAGCCCAACGUCUCUUCCUGCUCACAUAAAGAGAGCCCAAAGAGACGUAUAUAUUUUAUGAACUUAUUGCGAGGAAGUCUUACUUAAUACAAGCAAUUAAGCUCUUACUUUGCUUGCUUGUAAGGUUAUUAUGGAUUAUAUUUAGAGCACUGAGUUAUUUUGAGUUGAACUUUUUGCCGUGUGUGACAGCUUCACAAACUUAUUUCUAUAUUGUGCACUUGCAUUUCAAGAAAUAUGACUGAAAAUGUAUCCUCAAGUAGCUUCCUACCUCAUCUGUAAAGGAUGAAUGGGUAAAUGACCUUAAGAUUUACAUUCAGCGCUGUGCCUGGGAUUGUCAGUAAAGCAAAGACAUACAUAAAAUAGUAAGAAUAAAAAGUUAUUUGGGGGAAAAAGUUGAAGAACUUCUUGUACCCAUUUUCUGUGUUAAUCAAUAAUUUAUAAUUGGGACUUCUAGCUGCAUUACCCGUUAAACAGCAGCUGUUCGCUUUGACACAACACAACUCUGCCACUGUUCCCUAAAGGUAUUCCUGCUGCCAUCUGUGCUGGCUCGAAAGAGGGUGUGGAACCCAAAGUACCCCAUCUGCAUCCAACUGGCGAGGGGAGCAAACUCCCAGGAGGGUGAUGGAGGAAGGUCAGCGGAGAGUCACGGCGAGGAGCCGAGAUCUGAACCAUCAAGUCCACAACAGCGCUCCUCAAAACAAGUCCAUGAGCCCGUCGCUACCACGCUUUAUCUCUUUGGCCGUACGGGAAGAGAGAAAGAAGAGUGGUUUCAGCGCUUCCUGUUUGCAUCCUCGGAUGCAGAGAGAGAACAGGACAGAGAUGGACCUGGCAGAUGUGUGUCCAGAUCGGGUAUGAGAGACGUCAAUAAUGCAUUAGAGCGUAGACAGCUUUGACAUAAGGCAUCCAUACAACUGCUGUACAUGUGUGGAUUAUGGAUUAUAUGCUCCAAUUCUUUGCAUUUCUGAACCAAUCCCCUCAAGGGGACAAAUAGAUAUCAGUUGUUUGGUGACCUGAUGGGAAAAAGGGGUCAGAAAACCAUUAACUACAGGCACAGGCUCUCUUUUUACUUUUAUUUGUACUUUGAUUUGAGUUCUCAUCUCACAUUCUUUUUCUACUGCCACUUUUUUGUUUGAUAUAUCAGGGACUCGUUGUGAAACACUCGCUUCAUGUCCCUGGUUCAAAGAUUGUAAAGGGUGGUCGACAUUUUAAGACGACACAGAUCUUGUUAGAUUCUCUAGGAAACAGCUUAUUUUGGGCUUUUGGGUGAAAGUUUUUAACCCAUUUGAGAAUAUUGUACACCAGGCUAACUAUUCAAGCAUCUGAACUCUCUGUCAGUGGCUGUUUUCUUUCUUGCUGCCUCAACCAAUCAGGUAAAUGUUUGUGGUGUACUUUCAGGUGACUCUGCACCAGCACAGAGUGUCAACAUGUCAGCUAAUGUUCCCAGCAGCAGAGGCCCCAGCAGAGUGGGCAGCAAUGAUGACGACACCCCCUCCUCACCUCCCGUCCUCUCAAACCCUCCUCUUCAUCUUGGUCAGACCUCCAGUAGCACCAGGGGCCUUUCACUGCUAGAUUACCCAAGCUACAUGGCUCGUCUCCUGGCUACAGAGGAGCUGAUCUCCCUCUCAAGUGCUGGAGUCAGCAGUACAGAGACAAGUCCCACCUUAAAAGGAGAUGUAAGUCUUGUCACAGUCAGAAAAUGCACUUACUCCUCUGUUUUUAGCUCUGGCGUGAACGAAACCAUCAGUUUUGUCCGAAUGUAAUCUAAUCAUAGUUUUUCUUACAGUGUAUCUGUGAACUGUCAGAGUAUCCUGGGACGAGCCAGACUGCUUGGGUGAAUGCUUUAAUUGGACGAAUCUUCUGGGACUUCUUACGGGAGAAGCACUGGGCUGACGUGGUGUCCCAUAAGAUCCAGAAGAAGCUGAGCAAAAUCAAAGUACAAAAACUUUUACAGAGAGUUAAUUUAAACUGAAGCAGCCAGUUUAUUAUGAAUGUGACGUACAAAGAGUGUGAUUUAUUCCCUGUGUUCUUAGCUGCCUUAUUUCAUGAAUGAGCUGAAGCUGACUGAGUUGGAUAUAGGCUGCUCUAUGCCACAAAUCACUUCUACCUCCAAACCAGAGGUCAACCACAGAGGUGAGCACAGACCGGAGAUUAAAUGAUGCUAAUAAAGUACAUAAUCAUUGAGCAAAUUAUAACACACAAGUGCACUCACACAAACACAGCUUGAAAGGAGGAGAGGAGAGAAAUGAGGGGUUGUUUUGGUGCGUACAUGUGAGUGCUUCAGAGCAUCAGAUCAGACGAUGUUAUCCCGAUGUAAUCUCACAGAGCCUUCAACAUAGAGCAUGUUGGUGUGUGUGUGUGUGUGUGUGUGUGUGUGUGUGUGUGUGUGUGUGUGUGUGUGUGUGUGUGCGUGUGUGAGUGUGUUUUGAAAUCAGGCAAUCUGGCAUUCCUACAACGAGGAUAAUUUAAGUGUGUCAGCAUGUUUUCCCCACCCACUUUGCUGUUAUACAACUGCCCGUCAACAAAUUAUCCUGUUUCCAGCUCCUCUGCUCGGCCCGUGCUUUUUCCUCUGAGGGGGAUUUAUAAUCCGUCUUAAUUUUUUAUAAAUUUAAUUUCAAGGCUUGAUAAUCACGCUGAAAGCUGUUUAAUCUGCCCACUAAGCAGUGUGUGUGUUCAGAUUAAGCUGCAAGGCUUCACAAGCUUUGUCUUAAUUUUGAUGGUCAGCUGUUGACCUCUGUGUGCCGCCCCCUACAGGCCUGUGGGUGGAGCUGCAGCUGGUGUACACAGGUGCCCUGCAGAUGACCCUGCAGACUAAGUUUAACCUGUCCAAGCUGGGGAAAGAUGGCGGGCUGGAGACAGACUGUAAGGCUGAAACUGGUGGCCCACGGUCAGUUCUACACACUUACAGUCAUACACACAUAAACACAUUAGGACUACACACACACACACACACACACACACACACACACACACACUCAGAUGUCCAGAGGCUUUUCUGGAUAAUGUUAAUAAGUACUUAGCUUUACUUAUGCAUUUUCUGGCUUGGAAACACAUAUUGAGUCUAAAACUGCGAGGAUGACAUUUUUGUAUGUAGUGUGCAGUACAGUUGUAAUAGUUAUAGUUGUACCACCACAACAUCAGUUUCAAUCAGCGGUAUUGUUUAGCGCUCUGAUAAAAGUUUCUGUCACAAUACUUGUGACUUCCAGAAACAAAUGCUCUGACCAGGGGUGCAACUAGAGGGGUGAGCCUCUCUUGAACUCCCCGAAUUAUUGGUAACCCAAGGUGCCACCCCAGAAUCUAGAAGUAUAAUUGAUCAUGUAUGUUGUCAGAAAGUCAAGGCACUGGACAUUCCCAAACUUUCAGGCAUUAAAAUGAGGUAGAUGUCAGACUAGAUGAUUGACAACAGGCUGAAAAAACCCAGCCUUUUACACUACAAAUAAUCAGUGAAUGAUAAAUUCUGUAGUUACAAGAAAACAGGAGGAAGUUUUUGUCUGAAAUCACAACUUUCACAUGCAUGUGAUGAGAGCUAUCUUUGUCCACACAAACUAAAAUUCCUCACUGCAGCUUUAAAUAACUUAUUGCUAUUUAACAUCUAGAUUUUUUUGAUUGUUAAAGUCUGUAUUAAUCAUUUAUUUGUUUAAAUUUCAUACUUAUUUUUCACUUUUUCAUAAUUCAUUUUUAAUGACCAAAUACUUAUGAAAAAGUUCUCAAAUGUUGCUCUAAAAGUGAUUAAAACUUUUAAAUAUUCACACCAUCUCAAUAAGAUAUGUUAACACUCUUCAAAAUGUUACAUUUGUGCAAAGCAGGUCUUAAAACUUUAGUUUUGGCCAUAUGGGGUAUGAAAUAUGGGGUAACUCUGAGCAUAGGGCUGGGCGAUAAACCGAAAAUUUAGCAAUACCGAAAUUAUCGACGUCAUUUUGCCCAUGUCAAUUUAUUCUUUGUCAAAGAAUAAAUCAAAAGAUAAAGGUUGGUUUUGGAUGUGUGUAGGUAGGCUAUGGUCUCAUGUCCCUUUAAGACACUGUCCAACAUCAGAGACGUGACUCCACCCCAUCCAGUCAGUAACAAAGAGGGAAAGACAGGUGAGGAGAUGGAGGACGGAUCAAAUGUUGGAGCGGCUGAAGUAGACAAAGUUAAUAUGGGAGGGGGUGAGCAGCUUGUGGAGUAGUUAUCGUCCAUUUAUCGUUAUCAAAGUUAACUGCUAUGUAUAUAUAUAUAUAUAUAUAUAUAUAUAUAUAUAUAUAUAUAUAUAUAUAUAUAUAUAUAUAUAUAUAUAUAUAUAUAUAUAUAUAUAUAUAUAUAUAUAUAUAUAUAUAUAUAUAUAUAGUGACACUGAUUUGAGGCCAUAUCGCCCAGCCUUACUGUGCAUUUACAGUUUCAGGUGAUACAAUUCUAUUAACUUUGUGUUAAUACUGCGUGACUGCUAUGAUUUUAAAUCUGGAAAGAUCUCUAACACAGGCUGCAGUGCUACCGUUUUUACUCAGUUUUAGUGCACAGAGAAAAACUGGGGGAUCUCAUAUGAAUUCUUUAAUAUUACCUUCUAUAAAGGUGUGGGUUUUUAUAACCGUAAGAGACAGAUUUUUAUUAAGAUGGUAAGAAUGGCAGCAUCAAAAUCAGAUGUUAUAACUGAAGUGUAAGUUCUAAUAUAGGCUACAAAAACUCUGGAGCAGAAAAAUAACCCUGCAGCAGGAUUUAAUAAGUCUCUUUUAUUACACUUUAUGCUUGUGAUGACAUCUUUAGACAUAUUGCUCUACAGAAAAGGUGCCUCACAAAAGUGACAGAUAUUUAGAUGGCUGUGUUUCUCUCCUGGUGACAGAAUGCAGGACUGUCACUUCAAAUGAUCAAGAAUGAGUUUUUCUGUAAUCUUAAAGCAAAUCCCCUCUUAUUACCCCAGGCCAAGCGGCAGGAGUUACGGCCCACAUCUAACAGUAAAUCCAGUAUUUUCGUUUUGACCGUAACAGACGUAAAAACACACCUACACAGUUCGCUGUCUUUGCUCUGAUCCCUGCAGACUCUGAUCCCUAAAGUAAAGCUUCACAUUACAUUGAUCAGCCAUUACAGGGCCUGUCAUAUAGACCCUCUCUGCUGGGGAUUAUGGUGAUUGCAGAACUUCACAUCAGCUGUGUGAUGCAUGUGAGGCUUUACAAAAAGUUGGGAAAUUUGUGUUGAUCAAUCUUUCCUCUUUGUUUAUGCCACUGGGACUAUGUCAGCUUGAAGGUUUCCUCAUGUAUGAGCAUACAUCCAUCAGGUGGAGUAGCUGUUUAUAGCUCAGCUUUGUUUUCCAUCUUCACUCUCCUCCUCCAGCUGCAGGCCCAUCCUCAGUGUGCUGGCUGACAGUGAUGAGGAGUCCUCCAGUGCUGGUUCAUCUGAUGAAGAGGAGCUGCCUCUGUCUGAGCCUCAGGGUCUGCAGGGAGAGAAGGGAGCCACACCAGCUACUGACGGGUAAAUAAUCCACAGUUAGAGAAGAAUUGAGUGACUUUCUUUAGUUCAUUAUGAAAGAGGAAUGAAGGAAUGAAGAUUACAAAGAAAAUAUAUGCAGAAGGCAGUCAGUAGAUAUUUACGUCAGCAGAUACUCACAAAGACGGGGGCGAUUUAACUUUGAGUCACACCGUCAAGUGUUACUUACACCCUGCUGUGUUGUGAAUGUUCAUUUUUGAACCAAAACAAGUGUGCUGUCACCGGGCUCCAGAUGGAUGUUAUUUUCACUUUUCUUCACUCUUCUCUUUUAAUCCUCUUUCACAGCACUGGGGGUGGAAAGACGGGGAGGAAGAUUUUGAGAUUUGUGGACAAAAUCGCCAAAUCCAAGUAUUUCCAAAAGGCGGCAGAGAACGAGUUCAUUAAGAAGAAGUUUGAGGAGAUGUCCAAUACACCCCUGCUGCUCGCAGUGGAGGUGCAGGAGCUGGCUGGGUCUCUAGUCGUCAACAUCCCACCGCCCCCUACUGACAGGAUAUGGUAAGUGCUCAUGCAUUAUAGCAACAAAGUGGCUUAAACAUGGUUUUAAUGCAUGUCCGCUACAUACUACUACUACUACUACUACUACUACUACUACUACUACUACUACUACUACUACUACUACUACUACUACUACUACUAAUAAUAAUAAUAAUAAUAAUAAUAAUAAUAACUGCACAGCAUUAAAAAAUCCUUAAGAUGGGUGGAAACAUCAGUAGUUUCUCUACAGACAAGAAUUCAAGGAGACUGAGUUGUUGUUAGUAUAUAUUACUCUCAAGAACAGAAAGGUAUUUAGUCAACAAGUAGCAAUAUCUAAGAAAUAAGAAUAAAAAGUUUAUUAGAUAUAUUAUUAUGAGGCAAUAAAAGAAGGAAAAGAGUUAUACCACUCUGCACAGAUGAAAAAAAAAUACGCCUAUUUAGAUAAAACAACAGCUUUAACUUUAUUCAAUACUCUGAAAUCUUGAAGGACAAUGUUAAAGGUGCAGUACUCUUUUUCACAGAAAUCCCUGUCUCUGAAUUGUUUAGACCAGAGGAGUAAAUUCUCCUCAUUUUGACUCUUAGUUUUCACCAAUAUUGGACUCCCAAGCUGAAAUGGAUAUUGGUAUUUGAGAAUAUAUAUGUAUUGUCAUAUGUGAGUUUUUGCACUCUCUGGUGGACAAACUGUGAAAAUGCUGCACUGUUUUUAAGCCUCCUAAAUCCUUCUCUGCAGUCGAUGCUUUUCCUCCAUCCUACCUUCAUUCAAGUUGAAUAAAUCUGCAUUAAGCUGGUAUCUGUCAGAUUUAUCAGUGUAGCUCUGCUCUGAAUAUUGACAUUCAGAUAAGCAGCAGGUUAUUUAUGUCCCUCUGCGCUGUGACUCACAUUUUACACAUCAGGUCCUGCCAAAGAACAUUUAUUUAUUAAUAAAUAUUGAAACAUUAAUUCAGCACUGAGUCUGUUCCUGAGAAAGCAUGAGACAUCUGCUGUGGCACAACCAAAAUAAAGCUGUAAUUGGUUUGAUCAUGUUGUCGUCUCCUCUGCAGGUACAGCUUCUGUGCACCACCUAAGCUGGAUCUGCACGUACGCCCGAAACUGGGGGAGAGGGAGGUGACUUUCUGUCAUGUGACUGAGUGGAUUGAAAAGAAACUACAGGAUGAGUUUCAGGUAAAGAAAAAAAAAACAAAAACCUUUCCAUCUUUUCAACGUUGUCCCUUUUUUUUCACAAUCAUGCUGUUUCUCCUACAGAAAGUGUUUGUUCUGCCAAAUAUGGACGACAUCUACUUCCCUCUGAUGCAUGCUGGGAUGGAUGGGCCCAAGGUGUCGCAGCAUGGAUCCUCUCGGUCUCUGAGGUCCCAGAGCUCGUCCACAGAGUCCAUUGAGAGGAUCCCACCUGAGAUUUCUGGGGCUGAGUCUGAUUAGUGCCUCACUGACUAAACACAAUUUAUACCCACAGGAAAGAAGGGAGAUAAAGCCUCUCUGUACCUAAGACUUGUUUGCUCCUGUAUGAAUAUCUAAACCAGCGCUGUAGGAGUGAAGGACCGUCCAGGAUGUCUUGAUAUCAUCCCAAAAAGAACAGUCUACAACACAACUAGAUUGAGAUGUAAAAUGAUAACCAUGAAAACAACUACAAGUGAAAGCUUUUGCUCAUGUUUACAGGUGAAUGAUCUUUAUGAGAAUAAUGCUGCUCUGAUGUUUACAAAUUAAUGUCACUUUGGAUAUGACAGAUACGAUUCAAUAAAAGCUGGAUUAAAUAAGCUCAGCUGUCUGUGUGGACCUUUUUU